AUUAACAGCCAGUGUUAUCGCCAUCAACUUUGCUGGUGGUUCAUCAACUUCGUUUAGUAUUUACAAGGGGCGAGACCGUAUCGCAUUUCUUUGUUCAAUUCCUAAGUGUAGUUAGAGCUGGUUCCAGUGCGUAUUGCGUCUCUCAAAAGCGGUCAAACCACCAUGGGUUUGUUUGGGCCCAACAAUCAUAUGAUCGGAUAUUUUAUCCUAUCGCUCACCACUGCCUUCCUCGCCAUCUUACCUAGCAGCCAUGGGCAAGUAUUUUAUUACCAACCGGAGCAGGUUCAUCUCUCCUUCGGUGACUCCCCGUCCGAGAUCGUCGUCACCUGGAGCACAAUGACGGCCACCAACGAGUCGGUGGUCGAGUACGGUAUCGGAGGGUUCAUCCUAAGCGCCACUGGUACGGAGGAAAAAUUUGUCGACGGUGGCGCUGGCAAACAUACACAGUACAUCCAUCGGGUGGUACUGCGUGACCUUCAACCAUCAUCCCGGUACGAGUACCACUGCGGAAGUCAGUGGGGUUGGUCGGCCGAGUUUUACUUUCACACGACACCGGAAGGAUCGGGUUGGUCGCCUUCGUUCGCCAUUUUCGGGGACAUGGGUAAUGAAAAUGCGCAAUCGAUGGCUCGAUUGCAGGAAGACACCCAAAGACAUAUGUACGAUGCGAUCAUACACGUCGGAGACUUUGCGUACGACAUGAAUUCGGAAAAUGCCCUCGUCGGUGAUCAGUUCAUGAACCAGAUACAAUCGAUUGCUGCCUACACGCCCUACAUGGUGUGUGCGGGGAAUCACGAGGAAAAAUAUAAUUUUUCCAAUUACCGCGCCCGCUUCAGCAUGCCCGGCGGAACGGAAAAUAUGAUGUACAGCUUCAACCUGGGUCCGGUUCACUUUAUCGGGUUCUCCACCGAGGUGUACUACUUCAUGAACUAUGGCAUUAAGACGCUCAUCAAUCAGUACGAGUGGCUGCGACGCGACCUGGAGGAAGCGAAUCGGCCGGAAAACCGCAAGGAGCGCCCGUGGAUCAUCACCUACGGCCACCGACCGAUGUACUGCAGCAACGAUAACGAUAACGAUUGCACGCACAGUGAAACGCUCGUGCGCGUCGGCCUUCCGUUCAUGCACUGGUUCGGCCUGGAGGACCUCUUUUACGAGUACGGUGUCGAUGUGGAAAUCUGGGCCCACGAGCACUCGUACGAGCGGCUCUUUCCACUGUACGACUAUCAGGUUUUCAACGGAUCUUACGAAGAGCCGUACCGCAACCCACGUGCCCCGGUGCACCUCGUAACCGGCUCGGCUGGAUGCAAGGAAGGACGGGAACCUUUUCUGCGCAAAAUUCCUCCAUGGAGCGCCAUCCACAGCCGCGACUACGGUUACACGCGUAUGAAGGCUAUCAAUGGCUCGCAUCUCUACUUCGAGCAGAUCUCAGUCGAUAAGGAAGGUGCGGUAAUCGACUCGUUUACCAUCAUCAAGGACGAACAUUUGCCGUACAAGCAGUUACUGGAGCGAGACGGAAAAGUGGGUUCAAAGGCAAACGGAGCGCACUAGGGGGAGAAUCUCGCACAUCGUUUCCUCAAUUCGUUACCGAAGUAGAUUUAAUUCUUAACACCUAUUCCUUCGUGCAUGCAUUUUAUUGAUCCAAAUAAAAUAAAAUUUGUGUGAUAAAUUCGAAA